AUGUCGCAGGGGGCGUCGUACCUGGCGGCCCUAGAGCCCUUCUCGCCCUCCGUCUUCCUCGACCUGCCGCCGACGCGGGGGCGCCCUGCCGACUCCGACGACCCGGACAACUCCGACGACCUCGUCCUCCCCUUCAUCUCCCGGAUGCUCAUGGAGGAGGACAUCGCCGACAAGUCCUUCUACCAGUUCCCCGACCACCCCGCACUCCUCACCGCCCAGCAGCCCUACGCGCAGAUCCUCCCCGACUCCGCCGCCACCGCCUCCUCUCCGUCCGACUCCUCCUCCUACGCCGCCACCAAAACCACCACCACCACAACCAGCAGCGGCGGCUCGGGGACCACCGCCAACUCCACCCUCUCGCCCUCCUCCGACGCCCCUGCGUCCUCCACAGACCCUGCCUCCUGGGCGCACUCACGAGGACGCAAUCGACCUCUCCCACCUCCUCCGCUCCCGGCAUACCCUGCUGCCAACAUUUGGGUCGGCCUCGGCGACUCCGCCCAAUUCUUGUCGCCAAGACAAGGACAGGAUGCCGCCCUGGAUUCCACUUCUACCAGAAAUGGGGGAGACAUGGACAUGCUCAACAUGGCGUUCCGCAAAGGCAUGGAGGAGGCCAAGAAGUUCUUGCCUACCAACAACAGCCUUCUCAUCGACCUUGACGAUACCUCCGGCAAAUCCUUGCCUAAAGACACAGACAACAAACCCUCCACUGCCUUUGUUGCUACCCAAGUGAAAAGGAGGAGGAGGAACAGAAGCGCCAAUGGAAGGGGCCGCAAGAACCGCCACGCCGAGGAUGAUUUGGAGGCAGAGACGGGCAGGCACAACAAGCUGAUGACGCCGGAACAGGAGGAAACCGGCACCAAUGAGCUGUACGACGAGAUUAUGACCUGCGACUAUGCAGCGUUCAUGAAGCGCAUGGAGGACCUGCGCAUCGCCAUGGACAGCGAGUCUGAGAAGAGCACAAGGAAGGUCAGCAGCAAGGGGGCGCAGGGGAAGCAGAAUCUGGUGAACGAGGUCGUCGACCUGCGCACCAUGCUCAUGCAUUGCGCACAGGCGGUGGCCACCGGUGAUAGCCGAAGUGCGACCGAGGUGCUGAAGCAGAUCAAACAGCACUCCUCGCCCAGAGGGGACGCCACACAGAGGCUGGCUCAUUGUUUCGCCAUGGGACUGGAGGCACGGCUUGCAGGCACGGGGAGCCAGGCGUACCAGUCGCUCAUGGCACAGCACACCUCGGUCGUGGAAUUUCUCAAGGCAUACAGGCUGUACACGGCAGCCUGCUGCUUCAUGAAGGUGAGAUUCAUCUUCUCCCACAUGACAGUUCGCGUUGCCGUGGCAGGGAGGAGCAAGUUAGACAUUGUGGAGUAUGGUGUGCAGCAUGGAUUCCAGUAUCCAGGUUUGUUCCAUCUACUGGCAAGGAGGGAAGGUGGACCACCAGAGGUGAGGGUCACCGCAAUUGCCGUCCCACAACCAGGGUUUCGCCCAGCCCACCAGAUUGAAGAAACAGGCCGCCGUCUCAGCAACAUUGCCCGUGAGAUGGGUGUGCCAUUCAAGUUCCACGGUAUUGCAGUAAAGUGGGAGGCCGUACGUGCUAAGGACCUCAAUAUUGAUCCGGAUGAGGUGCUUGUUGUCAACACCCGAGCCCUAGGGAUACGGUCCAAUGUGUUCAUCCAUACUGUAGUAAAUGGAACCUAUGGUGCACCGUUCUUUUUGGCACGGUUCCGGGAGGCACAAUUCGAUAUGAUCGAUGCGACCAUCCCUAGGGACAAUAACGAAUGGCUGCUGAUCGAGCGGGAUAUCUUUGGGGCGUUUGCCCUGAAUGUGAUUGCUUGUGAGGGUGCAGACAGGGUGGAACGGCCUGAAACUUAUAAGCAAUGGCAGGUGCGAAACCACAGGGCUGGGCUGAGGCAGCUACCAUUGAAUCCAGAGGUUGUCAAGGCCGUCAGGGACAAGCAUCAGACUGUUGGCAUCUCCUUCACUGCUAGGUCGCUCCUCAGCGCGCAGCAGCCGUACGCACAGAUCCUCUCCGAUGCCACCGCUGCCUUCUCAUCCGACUCCGCCGCUGUCACCAGCUCAAGGACCGGCGGCAACUCUACCCUUUCCUUGUCCUCCUCCGCCCCCGCAUCUGCCGACCCCACCUGGCCCUACGACCCAAUCGAGCUCUCCCAGCUGUUGUACUCCCCUCCGUACCCGGACAUGGGGGUGGGGCUCGAUGACUUCACCGCCGAUGAGGUCAACGCCGUCUUCCUGCCGGGACAAGACUCCGCAUUCCAGCCGAAUCUGGCCUUCUUGGAUACCGCCGGCGGCGGCGGAGGAGGCCAACGGCUGAGCGCUUCCCUCACGGCCCUGAACGCUGGCGGUGGUGGAGCCCAACAGCAGCGCGCUUCCCUCGUUGCCCAGGAUGCCAGCGGUGGCGUGGGCAUCCAGAGGUCGGCGUGCGCGGAGGAGGAGACGAAGACAGAGGCCACCACCUUGCCUGCCGGUGAUGGUGACCAUGCUGCGCUGUUCUCGGUCUUCUUCGGUGCCCAGAAUGGGGAAAAUAUGGACAUGCUCAAUAUGGUGUUCCUCAAAGGCAUGGAAGAGGCCAAGAAGUUCUUGCCCACCAACAAUAGCCUUCUGAUCGACCUUGACGACACCUCUGGCCAAUCCUUGCCUACAGAGAGAGACAUCAAGCCAUCCACUGCCUUUGUUGCUACCCAAGUGAAGGAGGAGGAGGUGGAUGGAAUAUCAAUGUUUGGAGGAAGUAGCAAUGGCAGGGGCCGCAAGAAACGUUACUCCCAAGAGGACUUGGAAGUGGAGACCGGCAGAAACAACAAACUGAUGAUGCCUGAACAGGAAGAAACCGGUGCUAGUGAGCUGUUCGACGAAUUAAUGUCCUGCAAAUAUGAUGGAUUCUUGAAACACAUGAAGGAUUUGUGCAUCGCCAUGGAUAGCGAGUCUCAGAAGAGUGCCAGGAAGCAGCGCAGCGGGAAGAAGGCGGAGGUGCGACGUCCCGAGCCCUCAUGGCGCAGUUUAGCUUCUGAGCUCAUGGCGCCGGGACGAGCGGAGCCCUUCGUUGCCGCUGCCGGUGCUGUGGGAUGUGCUGGUCGCUGUAGGACGAAGAUGAGCAUGUUCCAGCUGCUGGUGCUGCACAGGGAGGGGCUCGUUGGCUGCCGACUCUGCGAGACGCUGGUGCUGAACUGUCGACUCACGGCUUCUACUUUCCUGUGCAUAAUGCUCAUGUUAGAAGCAGCUAAAGCUACAACAGAGACUGUUGAUGCAUUGAGAACUGGAGCUGCAGCGAUGAAAGCAAUGCAAAAAGCAAGAGGGGAUGCCACACAGAGGUUGGCCUAUUGUUUUGCAGAAGGACUAGAGGCCCGACUUGCUGGCACAGGGAGCCAGGUGUACCAGUCGCUCGUGGCAAAACGCACAUCGGUUGUGGAGUUCCUCAAGGCAUACAAGCUAUUCUUGGCAGCCGUCAGCCUCAAUAAGGUGCAUAUCAUCUUCACCAACAGGAACAUCGUGGAUGCCGUGGCAGGGAGGAGCAAGUUGCACAUUGUGGCAUAUGGUGUACAGUAUGGUUUACAGUGGCCAGGCUUGCUACAUCUCCUGGCAGGUAGAGAAGGUGGACCUCCAGACGUGAGGUUCACUGGCAUUGACCUUCCGCAGCCUGGGUUCCGCCCAACCUACCAGAUUGAAGAAACAGGCCGCCGGCUUAGCAACUGUGCCCGCGAAUUCGGCGUGCCAUUCAAGUUCCAUGCUAUAGCAGCAAAGUGGGAGACAAUCUGUGCUGAGGACCUCAACAUUGAUCCAGAUGAGGUGCUUGUUGUGAACAGCGAGUGCCACUUUAGCAACUUGAUGGAUGAGAGUGUUGACGUUGACACCACAAGCCCCAGAGAUUUGGUGCUCAACAACAUUCGAAAGAUGCGACCCAAUAUUUUCAUCCAGAUUGUCAAUAAUGGCUCAUAUGGUGCUCCAUUCUUCCUGACACGGUUCCGGGAGGCACUAUUCUACUACUCAGCACUAUUUGACAUGCUGGAUGCAACCAUUCCCCGCGACAAUGAUGUACGGCUGCUGAUCGAGCGGGAUAUUGUUGGGCGAUCUGCCCUGAAUGUUAUUGCUUGUGAGGGUGCAGACAGGUUGGAUCGCCCUGAGACUUAUAAGCAAUGGCAGGUGCGGAACCACCGGGCUGGGCUCAAGCAGCUGCCGUUGAAUCCAGAGGUUGUAAAGCUUGUGAGGAUAAGGGGAGUGCACCUGACCAAACGUGGACAAGUUGAUUGUGACUGCCUGACAUUGGGACAAUUGAAGCAGCAUAACUUUCAUCCACCCACACUCUCCACAAGGCAUCGCCGUUGUUGGACUAUUAUCUCACCAAGUCACCAGCAGAUGGCCGCCGCCGUGCCGGAGGGCGAGGGCCUCUUCGCUGACCCCGAGCCCUUCUCCCCGUCCAUCUUCCUCGACCUGCCCCCGACGCCCCGCCCCGAUGGCAACGGCGAGGUCCUGGCCUCGUCGGACGACCUCGUCCUCCCCUUCAUCAUGCGGAUCCUCAUGGAGGAGGACAUCAACGACAAAUUCUUCUACCAGUUCCCCGACCACCCCGUGCUCCUCCAAGCCCAGGAACCGUACGCGCAGAUCCUCUCUGACGCUGCCACGGCCACCGUCCCGCCGUCCUCCUCCGACGGCCCAGCCCAGCUCCUCCUGUCCCCGCCGUACCCCGAUACGGGACUGCACGGCUUCACCGACGACGGUGUCGGCCCCUUCUUCUUGCCCGCACAAGAUGGUGGCAGCCCGGAGUUGGAGCAGAGUCCGGCGCAGUUAAGGGCCGCCGGCGACGGCGACGGCGACCACGCGGCGCUGGCCUCGGUCUUCUUCAACAGGGGAGACGCGGACGCGGAGAUGCUCAACAAGGCAUUCCUCAAGGGUAUGGAGGAGGCCAAGAAGUUCUUGCCCACCACCAACAGCCUCCUAAUCGACCGUGAGGCAGAGGAGGAGUUGGGCAUUAAUGGCAGGGGCCGCAAGGACAGGGACAGGCUCAGUUGGGAUGACUUGAGGCUGAGACAAAUGGAGACCCUGCGAAUCACCAUGGGCAGUGAGGCUAAGAAGAAGGCAAGGAAGGGCAAAGGGAAGUCGGCUCAGGGAAGGUCUAGCUCCAACGAAGCGGUGGAGCUGAGCACCUUGCUCAUCCACUGUGCACAGACCGUGGCCACGGACAAUCGCCGCAGUGCGACCGAAUUGCUGAGACAGAUCAAGCAGCAUUCCUCACCGAAGGGUGACGCCACACAGAGGUUGGCACGUUGUUUUGCAGAGGGAUUGGAGGCGCGGCUGGCAGGGUCAGGGAGCCAGCUCUACAGGUCUCUCAUGGCUGAGCGCGUCUCGGUCGUGGAGUACCUCAAGGCCUACUGGUUGUACCUGGCAGCUUGCUGUUUCAAAAUGACGGCAUUCAGGUUCUCCAACAGGACAAUCCUCAAGGCCAUCGCUGGGAGGAAAAAGGUUCACAUCGUGGAUUACGGCGUGAAUUAUGGGGUUCAGUGGCCAGCUUUGCUAUACCAUUUGGCGAACUUCGAGGGUGGACCUCCUGAAGUGAGGAUCACUGGCAUUGAUCUCCCCCAGCCCGGCUUCCGCCCAGCGGUGCGGAUCGAGGAGACAGGGCGGCGGCUUAGCAAUUAUGCUCGUCAGCUCGGUGUGCCAUUCAAGUUCCACGGCAUCACGGUGAGGUGGGACACAGUUUGUGUUGAUGACCUGAACAUUGACCCUGAUGAGGUACUCAUUGUCAACAGUAUCAUGCAGUUUGGAAAUUUGAUGGAUGAGGGGGUCGACAUUGAUAGCCCAAGCCCUAGGGAUGUUGUCCUCAGAACCAUUCACAAGAUGCAACCUGAUGCGUUCAUCCUUCAUAUCAUGAAUGUCUCGUUUAGCGCUCCAUUCUUUGUAACACGUUUCCGUGAGGCGUUGUUCUUUUACUCUGCAAUGUUUGACAUGCUGGAUGCCACGGCUCCACGGGAUAGUCACCAGCGCUUUUUGGUUGAGCGGCACCUCUUUAGGCAGUGUAGCCUCAAUGUUGUUGCCUGUGAGGGCACGGACAGGGUGGAGCGCCCGGAGACAUAUAAGCAAUGGCAGGUGCGGAACCACCGGGCAGGGCUAAAGCAGCUUCCAUUGGAUCCAGAUAUUGUAAAGACCUUGAGGGACAAUGUUAGGGUUCAGUAUCACAAGGACUUUGUCAUUGAUACGGAUCAUAAUUGGCUCCUGCAAGGAUGGAAGGGACGCAUACUCUAUGCCAUGUCUACAUGGGUUGCAGAUAAUCCUGUCUCAGAACUUUAG